CGCAUAUAUUGCUCUCUCUCUCUCUCUCUCUAAUUGUCUAGGGUUUGAUUUUCUCUCUCUCUAGGGUUCGAUUUUAUCUCUACUAGGGUUUCAUCCAGCUCCAGUUAAGGCAUCUACUUCUCUUUGCAAUUCUUUAAAUUAGGGUUUCCUUUGCGUUUUUACUGAGGGAAAUUACGUUUUUUAAUUCCCAGUCUUUGAAAGUUUGACCCUUUGUUCGACGAAAUUGUGAAAACCAAUGCCUCCGCGAACGGUGAAGAGAGGUGCGGCGUUGGGGCCGAGGAGAACGGCAAGAGCCACCAGAGGGGCCCAGAAGGCCCAAAGUCAGCCGCCGGAGGCUGCUACCGAAGAGUUGGCGAAGGUCGAGGAGGUCUCCGUUCAGGCUGUGGAGGAAGUCAAGGUCGAGAAGAAGCCCGUCGUCGAGGAAAAGCCGGUUCCGGUGGAUCUUGAAGCAGAGGAGAAACCAGGCGCGAACGGGUUGGUUCCUGAGAAAAAAGAAGAUGAGGUGAAGGAGUCUGUUGACGAAUAUGAAAAAGAUGAAAGGUUGGAACUAGAGGAUAACGACCCUGAAUAUGAACAUGAAGAGUAUGGUGGGGUUGAUUAUGAUGAGAAGGAAAUAGAACAAGAUGAUGUUCAGGAGGUGGGGGAAGAAGGAGAGGAAGAAUUUGAGGAGAAUGUUGAAGAAGAAGAAGAGGGUGAUAUGGUUGAGGAGGACAUGGAAGAUGUUCAUGAAGAACUCGAGGGCGAAGAGGAUGAUGAGCAUGCUGGUGAGGAGCAGGAGCAUGCACAGCUGGUUGAUGCAGAGGAAGAGGAGCACCAAGAAGUUGUGAAAGAAAGGCGCAAACGUAAAGAGUUUGAAGUAUUUGUUGGUGGUUUGGACAAGGAUGCAACUGAAGAUGAUCUUAGGAAAGUUUUUAGUGAAGUUGGUGAGGUUACUGAAGUCAGGCUGAUGAUGAAUCCUCAGACUAAGAAGAACAAGGGUUUUGCAUUCUUGCGUUAUAAAACUGUGGAGCAAGCAAAACGGGCUGUUACAGAGCUGAAACACCCAUCGAUCAAUGGGAAACUGUGUGGUGUUACUCCAAGUCAAGACAGCGACACCCUUUUUCUGGGUAACAUAUGCAAGACUUGGACAAAAGAAGCCUUAAAAGAGAAGUUGAAACAUUAUGGAGUCCAUAAUGUUGAGGAUUUGACAUUGGUUGAAGAUAGUAACAACGAAGGAAUGAAUCGGGGGUUUGCUUUUUUGGAAUUUUCAUCUCGUUCAGAUGCCAUGGAUGCCUUUAAGCGUCUUCAGAAGAGAGAUAUUGUGUUUGGAGUUGAUAGGCCUGCAAAGGUUUCUUUUGCAGAUUCUUUCAUUGACCCUGGCGAUGAAAUUAUGGCACAGGUUAAAACUGUAUUUGUGGAUGGUCUGCCUGCUUCAUGGGAUGAGGACCGUGUCCGAGAGCUUCUUAAGAAGUAUGGAGAGAUUGAAAAGAUUGAGCUUGCCCGGAAUAUGCCAUCUGCCAAGAGAAGGGAUUUUGGUUUUGUUACAUUUGACACUCAUGAUGCUGCAGUGACAUGUGCUAAAAGCAUUAACAAUGCAGAGUUGGGUGAAGGAGAUAUCAAGGCUAAAGUUAGGGCCAGAUUGUCAAGACCACUUCAGAGAGGUAAAGGAAAACAUGUUAGUCGUGGAGAUUACCGAUCUGGGCGCGGGGUUGGGCGAGUUGCCAGGAGUUCAUGGGGUCGUCCAGCACCACGUAGUCUCCCUAUGCAUGGAGUAAGAGGAAUUGGAAGUCGCAUCCCACCAGUCAGUAUGAAGAGACCUGGUGGGUUGAGAGAUAGACGCCCUGUUGUGUCCAUGCCAACAAGAGGCAGGCCCUUGGCUCCUCCAGCUAGGUCCUAUGAUAGAAGAGCACCUGUUCCUCCAUACCCAAAGAGUAGCUUGAAGAGGGAUUAUGGUCGCCGUGAUGAUUUUCCUCCUCCAAGGAGCAGAGCUGCUACAGAUUAUGGUCCUAGGGCUGUUCCAGAGAGACGCACAUCAUAUAGAGAUGACUACUCUUCCCGUGGUCCUGGUUACUCUGAUAUUCCUAGAACUACAUCACGUCCAGCAGCAAGGAGAGCUUAUGUGGAUGAGGGCUAUAGCCAAAGGUUUGAAAGACCUCCUCCUCCUCCGAGUUACCGUGAGGGAAGGGCUCGUGAUUAUGACUCCAUUUCGGGGUCAAAACGACCAUAUGCUGCUCUGGAUGAUGUACCCCCACGUUAUACUGAUUCGGGUGUCCGCCAAUCUAGGGCUCGAUUAGAUUACGAUCAGUACAGUGGUGGUGCUUCUCAAUAUGGGGAUGCUUAUGGUGAUAGACUUGGGAGAUCUAAUCUAGGAUAUAGCGGAGGCAGAAGUUCUGUCUCAAGUCAGGAUUCACAUGGGCUCUAUAGCAGUCGUCAGGGCAUGAGUUAUGGAGGAGGUUCUUUCAGUGGUAGUGAUGUUGGUGGAAUGUACUCAUCAAGCUAUGGUGGUGAUUAUAUACCCCGUGGGAGUGAUGUUGGUGGUAGUUCUUACUCAUCAAUGUACUCUAGUCGUGGUGUGGGCGGCAGCAGUUACAUGGGAACUGGUGGUUCUGGAUCAUAUUAUUGAGAUCUGACAUGACAAAGAUGCUGCUGUAGGAUGUGAACGAAAUGAAGCUUAUGCUUUAUGAUGCCUAUGGUGGAGUGAGUGUUGCCAAGCUUAAAGGCCCUCUAUAUAUUGUUGGAGUGUUUUUACCGAAAGGGGCUUUGUCGGUUGAAGCCAUCUUAGAAAUCUAUAAAUAUGAACUAGUUUUUAAGUCGGAAUUUUGUGCUGUAUGGAAAACUAAAGUUAUUCAGAAAUGAAUUCAAGAAGUGAUUAGCAUGUGGUAUGUAUGAAUUACAUAUUUUAUUUUCUAUAUAUAACUCCACUUGAUGGACAAAUGUGGAGGUGUGCUGCAUCAUCUGUUCUUCUGGACAGAACAUGAUGAGAUUGAAGGCUUUUUUCUGUAAUUGGUUAAGGGAUUUUUUGGAAAUCUUCUUGUGCUUGAAUUCGUUGGAAAAGUUUUGGUUAUCA